AUGAUCAUUAAAUCUCUCAGCAUAUACAUUCUACUAAAUUUGGUAGCAUGUGAUAAUUCCUUUAAUCCGAGCAUACUGCAAGAUACAAGAAAUUUGCCUAAAGUAGAUGGUACUUUUGGAUUUCUUUACAAAACUGAAGAUGGCAUUCAACAUGCUGCUAAGGGAGAUUCAAAUGUCAAAGAAAAGAAUACCAUUUUCAGAGGUACUGAAUAUGAUGAAAUGGAGUUAAAAGAAAACCAAACAUCUAAAUCGGAGAGCGAAAUGGAGGAAGAUAUUCCUUACGCGGACUCUACCUCAGAUUCUGAGGCAAAUGAAAAAUUCUAA